CUCCUGGGCUACAGUGAAAAACCAGUAAACCUACAAAUCUUCAUCGGAACAGCGGAUGAUCGCUACUUAAGACCUCAUGCAUUCUACCAGGUACACCGAAUCACUGGAAAAACAGUUGCAACAGCCAGUCAAGAGAUAAUAAUUGCCAGCACAAAAGUCUUGGAAAUACCACUUCUUCCUGAAAAUAAUAUGACAGCCAGUAUCGACUGUGCUGGUAUUUUGAAACUUCGCAAUUCAGAUAUAGAGCUCCGUAAAGGAGAGACAGAUAUUGGAAGAAAGAACACCAGAGUGCGACUUGUGUUUCGUGUUCACAUCCCACAGCCUAGUGGAAAAGUCUUAUCUCUGCAGACUGCUUCCAUACCUGUUGAAUGCUCUCAGCGAUCUGCCCAAGAACUUCCUCAGAUUGAGAAGUACAGCAUCAAUAGUUGCUCUGUAAAUGGAGGCCAUGAAAUGGUGGUGACAGGAUCCAACUUUCUUCCAGAAUCAAAAAUUAUAUUUUUUGAAAAAGGACAAGAUGGACGACCUCAGUGGGAGGUAGAAGGGAAGAUCAUUAGAGAAAAGUGUCAAGGGGCAAACAUCAUACUUGAAGUUCCUCCAUACCAUAACAAAACCAUUACAGCUGCAGUUCACGUGCAGUUUUAUCUCUGCAAUGGCAAAAGGAAAAAAAGCCAGUCUCAACGUUUUACUUAUACACCAGUUAUAAUGAAGCAAGAGCACAGAGAUGAGGUGGAUUUGUCUGCUGUUCCAUCUUUGGCCCUGCCUCACACAAGCAACGUCCAGGGCCUGCAUUCUAUCCAAACUCAAUUGCCUUCACCAGAGCAAGGGCAUCCACGUGACAAUUUACUGUCUACAUCACCCAGGAGCCUCGUGUGUCCAGUUCAACCUCCAUACACUGCAAUGGUGACCUCAGCAGUAUCCCACCUGCCACAUAUGCAAGGUAGAAACCUUAGUCCAAGUGAAGAGUGUCACGUUUUGCCUCCUGCUGUGGUUCAGUCUUUUCAGUUAGCGUCAGCACCUCCUGUGAGGCCUUCUUACCAGCCUAUGCAGUCUAACAAUGUAUACAAUGGACAGUCUGGUCUUCCUAUGAACUCUGCCUCCAGCCAAGGAUUUGAUCCUAUUUCAUUUCAGCAAGACACAGCUGUACCUCAUUUGAUAAAUCUUAGCUGCCAAGCUUUACCACCAAUGCAGUUUCAUUCUUCAACUCCAGGUUCUGUGUCAGCAUCCAGUACAGCAGGGCACCCGCUAGCACACCCAGCUCAUUCAGGACAGUCAUCUUCUCACCUACCAUCUGUGAGAUACCACUGCCCAAGCGCUGGGCAGGGCUCCAUCCCUUCUGCAAUGAGUCGGUCCCUCAGGCAGUCUUCUCCCCAGCUGCAGCAAGUCCCAUACCAUUCUGCAAAUCCAGCAUCCGCUUCAUCCCCAUCUCCAACAGCUUCCCACCCUUUAGUCCAUUCGCCACUGUCUGGACCUUCUUCACCUCAGCUGCAACCUAUGCCUUACCAGUCUCCUAGCUCAGUACCUGCCUCAUCUCCCCCGCCAACUGCUGUAAGUCACUCUGGACAGCACUCCCCUCAAGCACAUAGUCCAGUGUUGGGAGGUCUUAAUGCAGCGUCAUCCGUAGUACACCAUUCUGUAUGCGAUUCAUCUCCAUUUUCACCAGACGGGGCAGCUGUUAACAUUAAACCAGAACCUGAAGAUCGAGAACUGAAUUUUCAGACAAUAGGACUACAAGACAUCACACUAGAUGAUGUGAAUGAGAUCAUAGGAAGAGAUAUGUCAGAGAUCUCAGUGUCACAUGGAGCAACAGAAGCCAGCCAGUCUGCACAUACAUGUCCUGGAUCUCUGGAGUCAAGAAUAUCCGAUGGAAUCCAGUAACUGAUAAGCUUCCAAGUAGACAUCCAUGAAAACUUAACAGUUUCUCUAAUAUUUCUUCAUCCUCUUCCCUCUUUAGACUUACUGUGCUUCCAACUCUGUGGCCUUUAUGAACUGGAACAGUGGAUCCUUGCAAAACCCUUUUAGUGGGUUACAUUUUUGAUGUAGAGACAGAGCAUUUAUAAUUAUAGUUCCCUCAGAUGCUGUAAAGAGACUUGUUAAAACGAACACACAGAAUCUACACCAGAUAUUUUAACUGUUUUAAAGUUACAAACAAGCUUUGCUUUUUGCAUUUAAAUAGAAUACUUUUAUCUUUUAAGUGCUUCAAAUGUGUGGACAUGUUAGUUUGCUCUUAUAAUAUUCACAGUACUGAAUGUGGAAAAAGAUUUAAUACACAUCUUUAGUGUGCUGCUUUCCACUAGGGAUAGUAUAGUUUGUAACUGAU